AUGACUGAGCGGGGUUUUGAAGUUGUGAAGAAGUCAACUGGUAAAGGACUGAAGCUCAACAGACGUCUCCAUGGUCCAUCCAGCGCGGCGCUUCCAACUCAACUCCCGACUCCCGAGAGAAGGAUGGAGAAGAAGAGUGGAGACCUCGAGGAUUAUCACAUUGUUGUUAAAGAAGAGGACGAGGAGUACGGGGUGAUGGAGGAGCUUUCUGAAGGACACAUGGACAUUAUGAUGGAACCACGUAUCCACGGACGGGACGUCGGGAAGAUCUCAGAGGAACGUCUCACGUUGUCUCCAGAAGAUGAGGACAUCACACAGCGUAGUCCGGGGGAAGACCAUAAUGUCCAUCAGGGGCCCCACAGUGCGGAUGGACCAUCGUAUUCCUCUUAUCCUGAGGAACUUCAGACUGGGAGGGGCGGGGCCAUCCUUCCAAUGACUUAUGUCCAUGAACAAGCUCACGUGGGUCAGGAGUCUUAUUUCUGCACGGAGUGCGGGAAGAGUUUUUUACGGAAGUCCUAUCUUUCCAGACAUCAGAGAUGUCACACGGGGGAGAAGCCGUAUUCCUGUUCCGAAUGCGGGAAAUGUUUUUCACAAACGUCCACUCUUUCCAAACAUCAGAAACUGCACACGGGAGUGAAGCCACAUUCCUGUCCUGAGUGCGGGAAAAGUUUUACACGAAGGGCAGAACUUGUUGUGCAUCUGAGGUGCCACACGGGGGAGAAGCCCUAUACCUGUCCUGAGUGUGGGAAAAGUUUUUCGCACAAAACCAAUCUUUCUAUACAUCAGAAAUUUCACACAGGGGAGAAGCCACAUUGCUGUCCUGAGUGCGGGAAAUGUUUUUGCACGAAAUCUGCACUGGUCAUACAUCUGAGGUCUCACAACGGAGAGAAGCCGUACUCCUGUGCCGAGUGUGGGAAAAGUUUUCCAGAUAAGUCCAGUCUUAACAGACAUCAUAGACUGCACACAGGCGAGAAGCCGUAUUCCUGUAGUGAGUGUGGGAAAUGUUUUCUCUAUAAAAAUUCCCUCAACGUACAUCAGAAGGCUCACACCGGGGAAAAUUCAUAUCCCUGUCCUAUCUGUGGAAAAUGUUUCAAUUAUUCAUCAGCAUUUGUCAGACAUCAGAGAUGUCACACGGGGGAGAAGCCGUAUUCCUGCCCAGAGUGCGGGAAAUAUUUUUCAGAUAAGAGCAAUCUUUCGAGACAUCAGCGAUCUCACACAGGUCAGAAACCAUAUUCCUGUACUGAGUGUGGGAAAUGUUUUUUUCUCAAAUCUGCACUAGUUAUACAUCAGAAGUCUCACGGGGGAGAAACGGUUUUCCUGGCCUGA